AUGCUGGAUUCAAUCAAGUGUGUUCUGGUGGGAGACUCCGCAGUGGGGAAGACAUCUCUCUUGGUACGUUUCACCUCUGAGACUUUUCCAGAUGACUACAGACCCACUGUGUAUGAAAACACUGGAGUGGAUGUCUUCAUGGAUGGUGUACAGAUUAGCCUAGGUCUUUGGGACACAUCCGGCAGCGAUGCCUUCAAAGGCAUUCGCCCCCUCUCAUACCAACAGGCAGAUGUGGUAUUAAUGUGCUACUCAGUGGCAAACCACAAUUCCUUUCUGAACCUGAGGAACAAAUGGAUUGGCGAGAUCCGCAGCCAUUUGCCCCGCAUCCCUGUUUUGGUGGUGGCUACUCAGACUGACCAGCGUGACGUGGGGCCCUACAGUGCCUCCUGCAUCAGCUCGAUAGACGGGAAGCGGCUCGCCCAGGAUGUGCGGGCCAAAGGCUACUUGGAGUGCUCAGCCCUCAGCAACCGGGGGGUGCAGCAGGUCUUUGAGUACGCCGUGCGGACAGCGGUCAAUCAAGCCAAAAGGCAGAACAGGCGGAAGCUCUUCUCCAUUAACGAGUGCAAGAUCUUUUGAGGAUUGUCAGCAGUGGUUUUUCCCACCUUCCUUCUUUCUGUCUUUGCACAAAGAUGCUGCAGCAGAGAGAAUGAGAGGUGAAUCAAGGGAGGACUCCUGGCAGGACCACAGUGCCUCAGGUGCCCCUCGUGAGACAGAUGUGUGCUUUCUCUCAUCUGCUCCACUCAACACACAUGGCCACUGUCUUGAAAAACAAAAGGUGCAGGUGCAUGCCCUUAUUCACAAGCCUGUGUUUGGACUUUGCUGGCCUGGACUGGAGCAGGCCUAGCCUGGAGAUGUGCACAUAAUAGCUGUGCUGAUUUUGUUGUUGUUUCUGUGUUAUUCCUCACUAGUU